CUGUGCCGACAUGUGUGAGCAAGGUCACACGGUGUACCAGCGCUCGGUUGAACCGUAGCUUCGCUGUGUUCGCUCCUCAAACUGCCGCCGUCCUCUCCCCUUCACACCGUCACAGCCAUGGCGGACAGCGCAAGCGAGAGCGACACCGACGGCGCGGGCAGCAGCUCGGCCACACCGAUGUCGACCUCCGCCUCGAAUUCGGGCAAACCGAGCAUAGUGAUCUCCCAGUUCCGUCUGGAGGAGCUGACGAACCGCCUGGCCUCACUGCAGCAGGAGAACAAAGUUCUGAAGAUCGAGCUGGAGACGUUCAAACUCAAGUGCAAAGCCCUGCAGGAGGAGAACCGGGACCUCCGCAAGGCUAGCGUCACCAUCCAAGCGAGAGCCGAGCAGGAGGAGGAAUUUAUCAGCAACACCCUGUUCAAGAAGAUCCAGGCCCUCCAGAAGGAGAAAGAGACCUUGGCGGUCAACUAUGAGAAGGAAGAGGAGUUUCUCACCAAUGAACUGUCAAGGAAACUCAUGCAUCUCCAGCAUGAGAAGGCGGAGUUGGAGCAGCACCUGGAACAGGAGCAGGAGUUCCAGGUUAACAAGCUCAUGAAAAAGAUCAAGAAGAUGGAGAACGAAACCAUCUCAAAGCAGCUAACACUGGAACAGUUGAGGCGGGAGAAGAUCGACCUUGAGAACACAUUAGAGCAGGAACAAGAAGCCCUGGUCAACAGACUGUGGAAACGGAUGGACAAACUGGAGGCUGAGAAAAGAAUCCUUCAGGAGAAGUUGGACCAGCCCGUGUCAGCUCCUCCCUCCCCAAGAGAUGUUUCCAUGGAGAUAGACUCACCGGAGAACAUGAUGCGGCAUAUCCGCUUCCUGAAGAAUGAGGUGGAGAGGCUUAAGAAAAGCCUGCGCACCACUGAGCUGCAGCACACAGAGAAGCGUGCCCAGUACAUUGAGGAGGAGCGACACAUGAGGGAGGAGAACAUCCGGCUGCAGAGAAAGCUUCAGAGAGAGAUGGAGCGCAGGGAGGCCCUGUGCAGACAACUGUCUGAGAGUGAAUCCAGUCUGGAGAUGGACGACGAGAGGUACUUCAAUGAGAUGUCUGCACAGGGCUUGCGAGCGAGGACCGUGUCCAGCCCCAUCCCCUACACCCCCUCCCCCAGCUCCAGCCGACCCAUAUCACCAGGUCUCUCAUAUGGCAGCCACACAGUGGGCUUCACCCCUCCAGCUACACUGUCUAGAGCUGGCAUCUCCCACUACAACACUCCUGCCCUGCACGUUCACGGAAGCUCCUCUCACGCCGUAGCAAGGCCCUCUCCAAGAAGAAGCACCAGCCCGGACAAAUUCAAGCGACCAACGCCCCCACCCUCCCCCAACACGCACUCAGGGGCCCAGCAGGCUCAGCCUCAGCUACCCCCACCAGCGCAGCCCAUGGUCCAGUCCAUGUCCUCCCCGGCAGCUAUGUCGCAGCAUGCAGCAGCACAUCAUCCUCCCUCCCAGCCUUAACGCCACACACAAGUCUCUGUCUUUGUGCGUGAGUGCGCCCACUGAAUGGCACGACGCUACCGCAACAGCAGCUUCCAUCAUUACCAGCUCUGGAAGUCAAGUUUCUUAAUCUCUACCAACUCCACAAAAGAAGCAGCUUCAACAAGUUUUAGGGUGGAAAGAAACAAGUCGGCAGCUGAAUGAAGCAAGCCGCCUGCCAAAUCCACACGUGGCGUUACUUAACUUCACUUUUAAGGAAUGGAUGGACAGAAAAAUAAUCGCUUCUGGGAUUUGUAGGCCAAUGUUCUGUUCCAUCUUCUGUCUUGUACAUGUUAUGUUUUUGUUUUAUUUGCUUGGGACUGUAGCUGGUUGGAAUUGUUGUUGUGGCGCUUCUAAGAUAGCACAAACAGCACAUGAAGUAAGUGUCAUGGUGGUGUUUUCUGAUAGGUUGGAUGUUUGGAUCAGUGGAUGAAUGUAUGCUUAGAGAAAUUGAUGAAUUGAUAGAUGGAUGUGGUUGAUUCUUUGCGAGCCUAUAAUAUGACACUCAACCGCAGUAAUGUCCACCAUUCCAGCUCAUCCCCCUGCCCCCUUUAGGUCUCCGAAGCAGUGUCAACAUUCCACCCCCCCGACCGCAAGUUUGAACAGCUUUGAUUAGGUCAACAAGAGUUGUCACAGAAGACUGCUGGGAGUUUCUCCACUAUAGGGCAUUGAUCAAACAGGGCAUGUCCCACAGUUAUUUUAGUCUUUUGAAAGCAUUCGAGGCUCUGCAGCUUUUCAGUUCAAAUGAAAAGGGAAAAAAAACAAACAUCAUGGAGGACGGGUGCGGGGACAUAAACCACAGAUAAAUGUUGCCUUUUGAGGUGUAUAAAAAUGUAGUCUGAGGUGUUACAACUUAGUCAUGUACUCGGUCUCUUCUCUGCUCUUCUCUCUCUGGUGUAUUUCUGAAAGCUUCUAUCAUCCUUAUGGAUAUUCCUCAUCAGAAAAAGGAAAAAAAAAACAUAAUGCUCUUUACACUAAAUAUACAUACUGCUAAAAACAUUCUAAAUGAAUGGUACUGUUGAACUAAAUUUCUAUGUAUGAUUAAAGCUCUUGAGAUGACAACUUCUGUUUUUAAUUGUCAAUUUUAUGGAUAGCAUUGUGACAACUGCAAGGGUUUACCAUUGACGAGCUUUGUAGACUUUGUAGGAACAGUCAUGUUUUUCAGAAGACGUCCGUUUCAUCAAACACAGAAUUUAACGGAUCGAUGCAAUGGUUCCACUUGGGUUUGAUCUUUUUGUGUGUUUAGCUUCACUGGAUUGUUUCCUUUAAAUCAUGAUGUCCCACUAAACCCCCACAGCAGUUGAUGGAAAGUGUUUGUGCCUUAAAUAAAACUCCACCAUCAGACCUCACAGAACAAUCCCCUUUAGUUGCAUUUAGUGUUGCACGUGCACGGAGGUAUCUAAAGAUUUUACCAUCCAGCUUAAUGAGAAACAUGUUAAACUGAGCUCUCAGGCUUACCUACAGUUGAAAACUGGUAAGGCUUCAUUUUUCAUUUUUGUCUUUUGUGACUUGUGAUCUUUACCGAAAUAAACAAUAAUUAUUGGGUGGACUGCCACAAAAGUU